GUCAAGUCAGCCAGGGUCAAAAUAAGAGACUUGGCGACCCAUGGUUGCUCCCAGCUCGUGUCCUUGGCCUUCCUGAAGACACCUUGGAACGCCUCACGAGGUUUUUGUUCACAGAUUACUAAUUUAAGAAAAUGAGGCAGACGGAAGUGUUAGCCAAGACCUUCCAAGGCCCAGCUGUUGUCUGUAGGACUCCAAACAGCCACGUUUACAUGUUCAAGAAUGGCAGUGGGGACUCCGGGGACUCCUCCGAGGAAGAGUCCCAUCAUGGGGUGUUACGACCUCGGGGCAAGGAGCGCCAGAAGAACAGCAUCCAACAUCCUCAGCAGCCCGGAGCAGGCAGCGUGGUUCUGCUGCAGCGGGAGCUGGCCCAUGAGGACAGCCUCAACAAACUGGCUCUCCAGUAUGGCUGCAAAGUUGCAGAUAUCAAGAAAGUGAACAACUUCAUCCGAGAACAAGACCUGUAUGCUUUGAAGUCCAUCAAGAUUCCGGUGAGAAACCAUGGGAUCCUCACAGAGACCCACCAAGAACUAACCCCCCUGCGGACCCCGUCCUCUGAGACCAGAGUGACCCUGAUCGAACUGCCGGAAGAAGAAGAUGCUGCCGCUGGGGCCGCUGCUCAGGGUAGCCAGCUGACGGACUUCUUCAAGGGAAUCGAUGAGAACAUUGAGCGGGCCGUGCACUCUGACGUCUUCCACAGCGAUAGCUGCUCUGUGGAGGCUCAGCCACUCCUCCCCACAGCCCAGAAGCCAGCAGCCGAUGGUGCCGACUGCGGAAUUCAGUGGUGGAAUGCCGUCUUCCUCAUGCUUCUCAUUGGGAUCGUGUUGCCCGUGUUUUAUCUCGUCUACUUUAAAAUACAAGCCACCGGGGAAGCCGCAAGCGGCUUGAAUGCAACCGUUGUCCCCAAUGGCUCUCUGACACUAAACUCAGGUCCAGGGCAAGCCCCCAGGCUGGCAAUUCCAGUGCCCACCCUCCCCGUUUCGGACAACCAGGUCAGCUCAACCACCCAGGCAGGAGCCUAAGCUCGUUUAUUCUAAGAUUGGCGAUGCUUUGGCUGUUGGCUCUUGUGUGGGUAGCUGUCACUGGCUACUUCCUGGGAAUGUUGCACUUUGCUGGAAUGUGUGGACAGCUAAAGAAGUUACCAUAUCAAUCUGGAUUGUACGGACUUGAGGAAGGGCCUGGCCUAACACAAUGAUGCAGGAGCCCAGACGUCAUCGUCCCAGUAAGAGAGACGGUUACAUGAAACCAGUGGCUGUUUCUUAAAGACAUGUAGGGGCAGGCUGUGAGAUCCUAUGCAGCCACUCUGUGUGGGCCCCUGCGUAGAACACUGCAAGGAAUCUACAGUGAUGGCGGUCCCACUGUUGGGUGGGGUCAGAUGACUGUCACCGUGUUGCUGCCUGCUAAGGGUGGGGGUGGGUCUGUGCCUGGGUAGACCGAGGUGCCUUGCCCUAUGUCACUGAGUUUCAGAGUGACGGAUGACAGCUGUGACAGCCUGGCGUGUUUGCCUCUUCACUUGGCCCCGUUGAGGCACUGCCACUUCGGAAGUGAGACUGCCCCAAGUCCAAACUGCCAUCCUUUGAUUUAAGCUGCAGUUCGGUCCCUCGUCCUGUUGGAGCUUUAUGGUCUCCCACGUGGGCAUAUCUUAAACCAGACACAGGGCCACCGCUCUGAUUCACAGUAGAGGCACCUCUGUGGUGAUGGCUCCCUGGGUUCUUCCAGUUGCAUCUUGGGAGCAGCUGUUAUCGACAGGUGGUUUGAAGGGACGACAUCUGCCAUUAGGAUCCCCACACAUGCACUUCGGGGGCCAACCCACUGUCAGACCAGUGUUGCCAAGACCAGUGGCCUCCACCCCUACCCCACCAUGUGUGCCCAGAGCAGAGUGUUCUCCCUGUUGCCUCCUUGACUCAGUGCUGUCCUUAAACUUCCAGAUUGUGUGUCUCAGUGUUAAAGCCAGACAUGAUGUCAGUCAGCUUUGCGCUACUGUUCAAAAUGAUCUUAGGUAGGAAAGGGCUCUUUUGGGUCGAGGUUCCGAUCCAUGGCCUGAUUGGAGGGCAUCCAUGGAGGAGAGUGUGGUGGAACAAAGUGUCCAUAUACCAGGAAGAGAGGGAGAGGCGAGGAGCUUGGGUCUCAGGGUCACCUUCAAGGUCAUGCCUGCAGUGACCUAACUUCUUCCCACUAGACCCCAUUUCUUAAUGUUUGCACCCCUUCCCAAUGCCAAGGUGAAGACCAAGCCUUUGAGAUAUUUGCCUUUGAGGGACAUCCAAACCCCAACAAUGUGACUCAGGCUGUAAAAGAGAACACUAGACACCGGAGGGUGCAAGACACCCAAGGUUUUCUCAGUCACUCCCUGGGGUCAGUAGCCAUCCAUGUGCUGAAAGGGGUGUGGGAGAAAGGGCUAAGCCAGCUUGCCUUGGACCUUAGAAAGGGCCCGAGGUAGCUGGGGGCUCAGCAUCAGGGAACGAGCGCAGAAGGCAAGCAGGGAGCUCCAGUGGUGAGCUGGGGGAUGCUCGGGCCACUUGACACUAGGCCUGGAAAUCUGACCAGAGGAGCAGAACAGUUCUUGAGCUGGGUGUUCAGUUGUUCUGAAAACCAAUCUGCCCAGGGCACACAUAGCAAGUUUAAAGCAUCUUCAGAAUUUAAUAUUUUGAGGCCAAAACUGAACCUGUGAAUCUGGAUACAGUAAACGUCCAUUAUGUUUGGUGAUUUCUAUCUGGAUGCUCAUACCAUUGUUUCUGUGAAGUUCCUCUUCAAUGUUGUCACUGUUAACUUCAGCAGGCAGGGCUCAGAGUCCCCCGGGAAAACCGUUUGGCCAGACAAAGAAUGUGUUUUAUUCUGUCUCAGUAGGGACUGAUGGUGACUGCUUGUGCACAGUCGUGUGUGGGCUCCUAAGUAGAACACGACAAGGGACCUGCAGUGUGUCAGUGCUCCUGGAGCUGGAUGGUAUGGAAUGACUGUCACAGUGACCCCGCCUGCCAAGGGCGGGGGAUGGGCUUGGCACAGCCACCUUCUGUGGGUGGACCAAGGUACUGUGCAAUAGUAUCCAUAUGUCACUGAGUUUUACACAAGUUACAGCUGUGACUUAGAUUUCUGUAUUUUUCUCAAGUAGAAUAAAGUAUUUCUUCUGUGAAGGAAA